CUACUGGGGAGAAAUCACAAAACAGAAAAAACGAUAAAAAUACUAAGUUGUUAAGGAAAUAAAAUGGAGGCGGCGGGAACGAGCUUGACCAGAGAAGAAGAAGACUCCAUCAUAGUUUCAGCUCUCCAGCACGUUAUUUCAGGUACGACGUCGUCCUCUAGUCCAAACUCCAUCAUGCAAAUUAUCCAGGAUUCUGCUUCCAAGUGUCCUGUUUGUAAUAUGAAUUCUGUGGAUUGUCUCGGCUGCAACUACUUCGUGUCUGACCAAGAACAAGAAUCCGGUGACGGAGAGGGAAAAGGUGGAGGAAACCGUAGAAGAACGAAGAAGAACAAGUACAGAGGAGUUAGGCAGCGGCCGUGGGGAAAAUGGGCGGCGGAGAUUCGUGAUCCAUGGAAGGCAACCCGUGUGUGGCUAGGGACUUUCAACACGGCUGAGGAGGCAGCUAUGGCUUACGACAAGGCUGCAAUUAGAUUCCGUGGAAAGAAAGCUAAAACUAACUUCCCAUUAUCUAAAUAUACACAAAUGCAGAUUACAGACAAUAAAGAGAUGGAAGUUUAUAAGCUCGACGUCCAUGGCGAAGGCGGCAGCAGCAGCAGCAAGGUGGAAGAGGAAAAGAACAAUAACAAGCAAGUGAAUGCUGAUCCCAUAGAGGUCGAUGAGGAGGAGGAAGAGGAAGAGGAUUAUCUUCUAGAUGAUAUGUUCAUGGAGAAAUGAAGAUUCUGGUGAAGUAUCCAGUGCG